GACAACAUGCGUCGUAGGCGGACCGAGGAGGGACUCAGCAGCCAAGUGACGGCGGAGACGGCAAAGCAAGCAAUAAGGACAGAGUCAACUCUGAGCCACAGUUGUCUGAAGACAAGUUGUUUGAAAGCUUUUCUGACAGUCAGGGAGAAAAUAAUAUCGUCCAGCGACGUCACGCUGUUUCUGAGUGAGGGUGUCCGGUUUCUCAGACUGAGGGAUUGCGAUGCCCUCUGACUUUAUCUCCCUUUUCAGCGGGGACCUCGACCUGAAUUCUCCCAGAUCCUUGUACUCUAAAGGAUUCCACAUGACUAUACCACUAACCUGUUGAGCGAGUUGAAGUACAGAAAAGGGUCUGGGAGCACAGUAAACAAGGCAGUGAGAGGGAGAGCGAAUCGGCGUAUGAUCUUCUUCCCAGAGAGCUACAGUUGCCUUUCACCACUCAGCAAAACCCAAAAGUCAUGAGUCAAAAGAGCGGCGGAGAGGCAGGGCCUCCCCCUUCGGCUGCUCUAGCAUCAGAUGCCAUGUCCACUUCUAUGACCAUGGAAGGCCCCCGCAGUGCUUUUUCCACCUCUUCCAGCUCCACCAUCCAUUCCAGUACUUCAGCAAGUGACCAGAAACAAGUUCACAGCAGUAAUGUUGACCCAGAAGACCCCAGGAGCAGCAGAGCGGUACCAGAAGUUGUCGGAGCAGAAGGUGGGAAUGGUAAUUGCAGCGGUGGCGGGAACUGCAGGGGUAGCAGCGAGCUAGGAGGAGGAAGAGGCGCAACAUCCCAGGAGCCCCAACCACAUCUCCAGAUGACCCCAUCUAAACGUCGCACCGUACUGAACAUCUCUCCACCUCCACAAGACCUGCUUGAUGAUAGCCGUAUGUCCUGCCAGGAUGAAGCAUCCGUGGACUCAGAGCAGAGUAACAGCAUCUGGAUGGAUGACUCUCUCUCCAACUUCAGCAUCAUGAGCUCCAUCUCUUACAAUGACAACACAGAGGUGCCACGAAAGUCUCGUAAACGUACCCCUCGCCAGAGACCUGGUCCUAAGUCAGUACGUGCAGGGGAAGCCAGCAUGGAUGUGUUUGAUGCAGACAGUGCCAAAGGUCCACACUUUGUCUUGUCACAGCUAGGCCCGGACAACAAGAGUGGAUCAAAAGGAAGCUCUGACGAUCCCCAGACAACUAAACAGAAAGGAGGAAUUCUUUUGACGCAAUACCCACAGAAGAGUGAGGGGAAGGAUCUGAAGAUCCUCGUCCAGCCUGAAACUCAGCACCGAGCCCGCUAUCUGACCGAAGGCAGCAGAGGGUCAGUGAAGGACCGUACACAGCAGGGCUUCCCUACUGUAAAGCUGGAGGGAGUGAAUGAGCCGGUGGUUUUGCAGGUGUUUGUUGGCAACGAUACUGGGCGUGUGAAGCCUCAUGGAUUUUACCAAGCUUGCAAGGUGACCGGCCGCAACACCACAGCCUGCAAAGAGGUGAACAUUGAUGGCACAACUGUCAUCGAGGUGUCCCUUGAUCCAAGCACCAACAUGACACUAGCGGUGGACUGUGUUGGGAUCUUGAAGCUCCGUAAUGCUGACGUUGAGGCUCGCAUUGGUGUGGCCGGGUCGAAGAAGAAGAGCACGCGUGCUCGGUUGGUAUUUCGGGUCAAUAUCCCCCGUCCAGAUGGUUCAGUGCUCACGCUACAGACUCCCUCAUCUCCAAUCCUGUGCACUCAGCCUGCAGGGGUGCCUGAAAUCCUGAAGAAGUCACUACACAGUUGUUCAGUGAGGGGAGGAGAAGAGGUCUUUAUCAUUGGCAAAAACUUUCUAAAAGACACCAAAGUCAUAUUUCAGGAGAAUGUUUCAGAUGAGAAAUCAUGGAAGGCAGAAGCUGAAAUUGACAUGGAGCUGUUUCACCAGAAUCACUUGAUAGUGAAGGUUCCUCCGUACCAGAACCAAGCCAUCACCUCUUCAGUGUGUGUGGGAAUCUAUGUGGUGACGAAUGCUGGGAGAUCCCACGAUGUUCAGCCGUUUACCUACACUCCAGAUUCAGCCAAAAAUGACGUUCCUGUGAAGCAGGAGAUGCCCUCUCCAGUGAAGACCUGUUCAUUUGAUGAACAGAUUAAAGGUCUUGCUCCUUCAGUUCUAGAUGGUGCCUUGAUACCUUCUAUGUUGCCUUUAGUGAAGAGAGAAGAUGUCACUCCAAUGGAGGUCACCAGCAACCUCCAGUCUUCUAGUGUAUUUAAGACUGGUGACCUGCAUCCAGCCCAGCAGAACACAGAGAUGACUGCAGGCCAUCUAAAUAAAAACAGACCCUUCCCCAACAACUUGUCUCAGCCUGCAGGUGAUGCUGACAAAGGCCAGGCCCCUGUUUUUACCAACACAGAGCCCUUAAGCACGAUCCAGAAGCAGGACAUCGCAGCCGCCGGCUCCUUCACUGUGCCUGCUGACUCUCUGCUCCAGCAAGGCCCACAGCAGUUCCUACUGGAGCCCAGAGAGGGCCUCAGACAGGAGAGACCUGGCAGUGGCAACGGACCUGUGGGGAGACUGUGUGGAGAACCUACACCUCAACAGCAGCAACUGCAGCUGUACCCCCCAGACGAAGUGGCCCAGCUGGAGGAGGCAGUGAGGCAACUUAAAGCCAAAGGUUUCUGUAACUUACCUCUUCAGUCUGAUAAUUCAAUGGCCAAACAGCAGCAACAGCAUAUCCAGCACCAACAACAGAUCCAAAAACAGCAAAUUCAGCAGCAGCAACAGCAACAAAUUCAACAACAACAGCUUCAGCAGCAACAACAGCAGCAGGUUUUGGAGAAUUUACAGCAGCAGCUGUUUCAGUCACAGAUUCAGAUGCCGGGCUCAACACAAGGAGUGGUGCCAAACCAGGGGACUCUUUUCCAACAGGCCCAACAGCAGCAACAGCAGCAGCAACAGCAACAGCAGCAACAAGCAGCUCUCUUUCAACAAGCAAGUGACCUUCUCUCUAUUCAGACCAACUUCCUUCAGCAGACGCCCUCACAUCCUUCACCACCCAUGUUCCACAAUCCCAGUUCUUUGGCUGAAACACAAGAUCCACAGGGGGGUUUGUUUCAGAAAGCCUCUCAGGAGCAGGUCCAAGCCGCUCUUUUUCAAAACACCAUGACGGUACUACAGCCUCCAGACCAACAGUCCUCAUCUCCUGGACUUUUCCUCCCUCAAACAUCUCUGCCCUCCCAGCUUACAACCAGCAGUGCUCAACAACAGCAGCAACAGCAGCAACAGCAGCAGCAGCUGGUGUUCCUCAAUGCCCCUGAACCACAAUCAGUAUUUCAGGCUCAGACCCAGCUUUCCCCAAUCCAGCAGAGAAGUCCCAUGGAGCAACAACAAUCCUCCCAACCUCAGCCUCACACACAGCCAGCCCAGCAGGCGUCCCUGUUUCAGAACAUCUCCCCACAUCCAUCUGCAAACACACUUUCUCCAGGCCAGCAACAGCAACAGCAGGCUGGCCUGCUGUUCUGCAACAACCCCCUGCCCACUCCAGACCAGGCCUCCAGCCUCUUGUUCAGCAGCCAGGGCCAGAUGCCACCGCUGACCAGCAGCAGUUUGGUUUCCCAAGAGCCCCAAAACCCCUCUCUGCUUUUUUCCCAAUCCAACAUGGUGACAGUAAACCAGCAGGAUCGCUCUGAGCCCAUGGCCUUAGGGAACCCCACUGAUCCACGACAGCAAGUCAUGUUUCAGGGGCAGCAGCCGAUGCAGCUGGGCAGUGGCUCAAACAACCGGCAGGGGCAGCCUGUGGGCCUCUUUAUGCCUCAGUCUAACAUGACUUCUCUGCAGGGGGGACUGGCUGCUCAGGAGCUCGCACAGUCAGCCAUGUUUGCUCCACAGAACGGCGUGGCAAACCUGCAGACGACCACCUCUUCCCCUGUUCAACAGCCAGGGACUCUGUUUCAAACCGCUGUCAGUGGGAGCAUCAACCAGCCGAGCCAGCCUCAACAACCUGGCCUCUUCCUGUUUGGGAUUCAGAACGAAUGCGGCCAGAUGAUGAACACUGCUGGAAACACCCUAUCAGAUCAGAUUAUCGCCAUCAGCCAGUCUGGUCAGAACCAAAGAGAGAGUGACGCACACAUCCAGUCUCUGCUCAACCAGUCCCUGUCUCAGUCUGGGUCUGUGCAGAACAGCAUGACUGCCUCUCAGAACAUGGAGAAGAUUGAUGACCUGCUGGUGAGCCUGCAGGAGUCGGGCAGCAACUUAACUCGUUCAUACUAACCCUUCACACAGGUUCAUGGAUUUGUCUCUUUUGUUUCUUUGUUUGUUUUACUGGUAAUAUCUGGAAGAAUUGUAAAUUGUGGACAGAAAACUACUUUCUGUUGAACACUUUGUGCUUAUAUAUGAUCACCAAAUAUUUUUCUGCCCAACAUACAGGAUUCAUUAGGAAAGUGCAGUGAAUGUGAGCUAAAUAUUGUGAAGUGCUGCUGGCCUUGUUGUGCCAGUCUCCCCCCAAAGAAAAGUUCUCAUGAUUAUCCUCCGGAGUGGCCUGAAAUUAUCCUGAGGGACCAACUGGACAAAUUAAUAUCCAGACAUAGAACUAAGAAUUUGGUUUGGAGUUUUUCUUGGUUGAGCGCGCUUGUCAAGAAAAGAGAUGGACCCCAGGCGGGAAAAGACAAAUUAUCAGGACUGUUCUCUGGGAGAAGCAGAAUUCGGCCCCUUCCUUAAGCUUUUCCUCUGAAAGUAGUGUAGUGGCCUUUUUAAUUGUUCAUUGAACUUGUGAAGUUCUGUAUAUAUCUGUAGAUAGAUAGUCAGUGAUGUUAUCUGCAGCAUCUUUCCGUUCUUGUGGUGUUUUCUAAAGUGUUCUCCAAAGUGUUUAUUGGUUUCCAUGAAUAGUGUUCCCUUUAAUACUCGUUCUGUAUUUUUUUUUUUUGUGUUGCUAGAAGGGUAGAGUAUGUGGUACAGUAGGACAGUUCAGACAAACUGUGGUAUGUAUAGAUGAAUAUGUGGAAGGUGUGGAAGAUGAAGGUAGCCACUGUUGACGUGGUUUGAAUGUUUUAAUGUGAUAUAUCAGUGCGGAAAGUGUAUUGAGAGAAGGUUAGAGAUGUAGAGAGGAGGCAGAGAAAUGAGAAGUAGAACUGCAGAAAUAGAAACGUUUUCUACACUAAUCUGAUAUGUAGUGACAAAGAAGAGUCUAUGGUCAAUGGUUUAGCAGCUAGCUUGCACCUGAUGAAUUGAAUUUGAAUUAAUUCACUCUAGCUGUGUCUGGUAGCCCAAAGUGACUUUCAUCAGCAGCAUAUGAGAAAGAAACUGGGAAAUAUAAAUAAAGUAAUGGCGUUUGUCAUGGCUAAAAUUAGGUCUAGUCUUGCUUGGUACAGUAAAACCUCUGAAAGAAUAUUUGUAGUUCAGACGACAGCUGUGCAGUGAAGAUAGACACCUCCAGCUGUGAAACAUAUCUUACAAUAUUAGAUACCAGCUCCACCGCAGUGUACAGAUAGCACUUUGCAAUAUAGGUAAGCAGGCUAACAUUUAGUCUGUAUUCAGCAAAAACCAAACUCUGUCAGUUGAGUUUUUAGAACUGAAUCACAUUUUAAUACUUUACAAAGAAAUGAAUCUUUUAAGAAAGAGUGAUGGUAGAAAUAUACCGGUAACAAAUAUUGGCUGAGACUUUUUUUUUUUUUUUUUACAUGUAUAUUCAGCACUUUACGAUGCUGUUCUUUGUGACCACUUUACAGUACAGUCCCACAAGAGGUGGUGUUUUAUCUUUUAAGCCACCUCUUCCUCAUUGUUUACAGUGAAGAAGAUACAUUUUUUAACAUGGAUAUGGAUCGGAAACUAUCGUCAUUACUGUCCUGUGUUUGCAACAUCUGCGCAGUGGAGCAGACUCAUAAAAAAAUAUAUUUUUUCAAGUGAGUAUCAUUAAAUUUAUCAUGCAUACGUCAGUAACCGUACACCAUCUUUUUCUUGUUUAGAUUUGUGGUCAGUGCAUCUUAUUGCCAGCCAUGUUACAACUAUCAUUAUUCAUUCCCAAAACCUAAUCCAUUAUUUAUACCUGAAAACCAGCUUACAGAUCUUGACAAAUGAGAUGUUCGUAUUCAAAUAAUGUUCUUCUUGAUAAUUUCAGUUGAGAUAUAACUCUUAUUUAAAUACAUGCAUCUCAAGUGGAGAGAGUGGAAUGUAAUAUAGUUUUUUGUCAUAAGGGUUAUGUGUUUUUGUGUCAUUUAAAUGGCAUCAUUCUGCGUCAGGCACGCAUAAACUGGAAUAGUAUUCUUAAACCAGCUAGAAAAGAGCCUUUUUUUUCUUUCUUUUUUUUUUUUAACCAGUUUUAUUAAUGUGAUGGAUUUGGUGAAUGUUGAGGAGGAGCAAAAGUUUGUUGGCUACAACUGUACAUUAUACAUCUCAUCCAGGUUAAGGUAUUAACAUGCAGAAACAGAGCCCAUUUUACAUGUUUUCUUGUAAACGUACAAGUACAAAAGACUUGAUGUUGUCGUCUACAGUUGGCCAGUGGCCUCAGGACCAAAGUUUGACUCGAAUCUUGCUUUGCAUAACUCCUGAUGACAGGCCAGUUUUAUGGCUCGUGAGCUUUUAUUCUUUUUUUUUGACUUGCAAGUUAACUUUUUUUUUUUAUUUGCCUUAAUCAUUAUUAGGCAAUGGCAUGAUGUCCUGCUGCCACACUUUUCUUUCUGUUUGUUUGUUCUGUUGUUUUCAAAAGAAAAAAACAACAUGUUUUUUGUGUCAUGUUUAGUUUCACUGUAAGUGUACGCAUGAACAAGGGGCUGGUCUCUCUGAUGAUGACGAAAUAAGCUCAGUUUUAUGCCUCAGUUUGUUGUCUUGUUUUCUCUGUACAGUUUGUUCGAAACACAUACAUUAAAACACCGUUACAUUUUAUACACUUUAAAUUCAGAAACAGCCGUUGUUUGUGAUGGAGAUGAUGUAAACUAAUGUGAUCUGUGGAACUACAGCGUGUCAGUUUGAGCAGUUUGAGUGGUUUUUAAAGGGACCCUACUCCUGAAGGAAACCUGACUUUGGAGAAAAGUGCUAUCUGUGAUCGGCUUUCUUCAACUUGUGAAAUAGAAGAACUAAGAUUUCCAGUGUUGAGUAUUUAUGAUUUUGUUUGUUUUUGUUUGUUUUACAAAGUUUAGAAAGACUAUCCUUUUUUUUUUAUCAUUAUUAUUAUUGGUAUAGUACCUGUGCCUCUUUCCGGAGAAGCGUAUCUAAUUUAUUUGUGUGUUGGUUAUUAUCUAAAUUGUUUCCUGUAAUCAUAGUUGUGUUCAGAUAUUUUCUAAUUGUAUUGAUGACAGCAAUGUGAUUUGGCCCCCACAUCUGCUGAUACUGUAACUGGCACCUUGUGAUGGUGAUAAAUGAGAGUUAAGUGCUUUGUACACGAUGAAUACCAUGUACAUUCCUGUGCACAGUUACUCUAGGUGUAAUACACCUUAAUGUACAUAUCAAGGCUUCUAAUUGGACCACUGGCCCUGUAGUCCAUUUUGACUUCAAUAAUAAACAGCAGGGGAAAAUUUUACUGUCAAACUCAAAAAAAUCUUCAAAAAACAGGACCAACAAAUUUCAGUAUUUUUAAUAUGAACUGAAUGUGAUUUUACAGCAUGGCUGUAAAUGUCUCACUAAGAUGCAGAAUGUUAUUUAUACACAAACUGGGGAGGUAAUUACUUUUUUGAAAUUACAGUCUCCUCAUUUGUGUAUUUAAAAUGUAACUGGAGAUCAGAAAUAUAUAAAAGUGUGACUCAUUAUACAGUCACUACUAGUUGUAUGGAAAGAGAGGGGAAUUGUCGAUUUUUAAAAAAAGUUCUCAUAUUUCCUAAAGACACAACAGACUCUUGACUGUAUCUGUUUCUUGCAAUAGAACAACAUGUAGUUUUAUUUUAGCACUACUAGUUAAUUUGAUGUCAACCAACUGAGCCUGUCAAGGUGUUCGAACAGGUGUUACAUUUUUCCUAAAAUGUCACUUUAGACUCUAGCAGGUAUCAUACAUCAUGUGCCUUGAGGAGAUGUAGUAGCGACCAGAUUAAUGUUUUACCAUUGUUGCCUGUUUAAGACCCCCCCUGGUUCUGCCAGUGAUGAUUAGUCCUCAUUAAUUAGAAUGUUUUAAGCCAUAAGACUUUAAGUGUACUUUAAAUGCUCGACAACAGUGACCAGAUAAAUGUGGUUGUGGUUGAUAAAUGUGUUGUGCAAUUUUCUGUCAUGGAUCUGACUUGUUUGUACUUAAGUAUCCAUUGCAUUUAUGUUAUACAACGUAGAUGCAGGCAAAAUUUCUCUGAAACUGCUAUGCAGCUAAUAUACUGUAAAUGUAGAUCUGUUAGUUUUUGAAUAUAUGUUUUUUUUUUUCUAAAUAGCCUUUCCAAAGUAGAAAAAACAAAGUAGGUGUUCUUUCUGUUGCUUGUUGAAAUAUUUUCUAAUGCUUUGAGUGCUACCUGAAACUGAUUUUUAAAUCUAAUAGUCAGUUAAAAUGCAAAUUUCUCCUCUCAACAAUCUCAGACAUGGAUUUAUUUUUGGGUGAGACAAGGGUCCCUAAUUGUUUGUCAGUCUUAUUUAUUCCCAUCUUGCUUGCAGGGUUUAUGUGGAGGUUUGCGAUGAUCCAGACUUAUUGUUUACUGGUACAAUGGUUCCCAAUUUUCAGAUUUUUCUCAGGGCCUCCGAGUUACCAGGAUGUCAUGUCAUUUUUACACAUCUUCUUAUUCUGACCAGUAAAAGUCUAUGAAUAAUAGAUUUGUCCUGUAAUUUAAGAACAUCCAUACCCAAUGCAAUUUGCUAAAUUUAAUAUUAUUAUUUUCCAGAAAUCAUUUGCUUACUCCACUCCACUGUCUGUAACAUCUUAAGAGUCUCUUCACUCAUAACACAAGUGAACCACUCUUUUAGUAAACUAUUUUUAUUCCUGGAAAUAGCAAGUUGGGAAUCUUGCCUUUUUGUUUCUAACCAUGAGAACAACUGUCAAAUAAUCACCCUUGGGGAAAAAAAACUAUAUAUUUGGCUUUUGUUGGGACGUUUUUAUUCUCUUGCAAUGAAAUUUCUGUAAACUCGCUGCUAUCUGUAUUAAACAUAUAUACUUUAAAUGUUA